AUGGCGCAGCCGCCUUACGCCCUACCCUGGGGCAUACACUACCAGCACAGGGAUAGUGCGGGUGUGGCGGGGCCGGGGCCGGGGCCGGGGCCGGGGGUGCGGCGUGACGCCCCGCCCCCCUGCACCCCCGCACAGCCGCCCCUCUACCCCCGACACACGCACUACGAGCCGCAUACGCACUUGCCCUGCAAAAGUGACAAUGAUGAAGUUAGGCCUGACUACAGGGAACAUUACAAUCUGCACAGAUGCAGUUCUUUGAGUAAGUGCGGGGAGGAGGAGCCUCGCGAGGAGACCGUCUCCAGCUCGGAACAACCCUGGGGAGACAAGAUGGUGAGCAGCUCGCUCUGCCCCGCGCGAGCUGACGCAGCCUCACCUCCGCACCACGUCUCCACAACGCACUCCGGCGGGGGACGUCGCGGCGCUCUCCAGCUGUGGCAGUUCCUGGUGUCUCUGCUGGCUGAGGGCGCGCGCUGCGUCGCAUGGACAGGACGAGGACUCGAGUUCAAACUGCACGAGCCCGAGGAGGUUGCGCGACGUUGGGGCGCACAGAAGAACAGACCAGCUAUGAACUAUGACAAGCUGUCUCGCUCUUUGCGCUAUUACUAUGAGAAAGGCAUUAUGCAGAAAGUCGCCGGAGAACGAUACGUGUACAAGUUCGUGUGCGACCCGGAGGCGCUGUUCAGCAUGGCCGGCCGGCACCCCCCGCCGCACCCUACGACGUGCUGUCUCAACUGUACGGGGGGUGCGUCUACCCCCCGUGUCUGCCCCCCGCACCCCCCGCACCCCCCGCACCCCCCGACUACAGGCGAUACUAUGACGGACAUUACGACACAUCUAGUGCUUGAAAUUGUUACAUUCGUAACAUAUCUCGUUGUACAGUCAAAUUAA